AUGGCGAUUCGUUACACCUCUACAGAAGGUGUGGACGAACCUCUAGCCUCUCCAUUUGACGGAUCUGACGGAAUCCCCAAAACCGACUUCGACGAAAACUUUCAUCGGUUUCAGUCCAUGGUUGACGACACUGGUUCAUCUGGAUUUUUAAAAAUGCAACUGCAAGGGGGGAUCUUGGUCUUUUUGAAUGGAGGAAAUCCCGGUUUCUUCUUGAGGUCUCUACUGUUGAGGAAGGAGGAACCUGAUGCCUCUGGAAAGGAAGGCAUGGCCAAAUGCUACCACCAUAGAGAAAGCAAAGGUUAUAUCGAUUUCACAAACUGGAUGAUACGGCAGAGGUUACAGUUUUCGAGAGACGUCUCAGGUAACAACACAGAACCUGCCACCGCUACCCUCCACUUUCCUACUUCACUUCACAGUUUCCAGUAUGAAGGCGAGUUCUCGGAGGGCUCUUGGAAAAUGUACUUAGAUUGCUUUGAUAUUGUCCGAGGAACUCUGCUGGUGAUCGUUACUACAGUAGCUGCGGCUCCACAGUUUCAGCUUGAUAACAGUAACAAGGUAACCCCCUAUGAGUUUGGUUAUGGCGUGAGUCAGCCUGAAACCGGUGAUGCAAAGGAACAUAGGCAGUUUCUAUCUCCCUCAGGGAAAGUAGGAGGAGAGUAUCGGUGGCUUCAACCUAAUGGAUUGUACAGGGUAACGAGGUAUCAUAUAGAUGAUGCAGGUGGCUACCAUGCAACAGUCUCUGAGGAAGAUGGCAAUCAGGUGUCUAAUUACUACUUCAAUGCUGUAGAUUACUCCUCAGCCUCGCAGCCUCUAGAUACAGCACUAAAUUCAAGAACCCAGCAGGGUCUAAGCAGGGUGCAUUCUGCAGGGAGUAAUACAAAGGACUUCGGUGUUUCUCAGUCAUCCAGGAACCAACAGGACUUUGAUGUCUUACAGUCAUCCAGGAACCAACAGGAAUUCGGUGGCUCUCAGUCAUCCAGAAACCAACAGGACUUUGGUGCCACUCAGUCAUCCAGAAACCAACAGGACUUCGGUGUCUCUCAGUCAUCCAGAAACCAACAGGACUUUGGUGCCUCUCAGUCAUCCAGAAACCAACAGGACUUUGGUGUCGCUCAGCCAUCCAGGAACCAACAGGAAUUUGAUGUCUUACAGUCAUCCAGGAACCAACAGGACUUCGGUGUCGCUCAGUCAUCCAGAAACCAACAGGACUUUGGUGCCCCUCAGUCAUCCAGGAACCAGCAGGAAUUCGGUGUUUCUCAGUCAUCCAGAAACCAACAGGACUUUGGUGCCACUCAGUCAUCCAGAAACCAACAGGACUUCGGUGUCUCUCAGUCAUCCAGAAACCAACAGGACUUUGGUGUCUCUCAGUCAUCCAGAAACCAACAGGACUUUGGUGCCUCUCAGUCAUCCAGAAACCAACAGGACUUCGGUGUCUCUCAGUCAUCCAGAAACCAACAGGACUUUGGUGCCUCUCAGUCAUCCAGAAACCAACAGGACUUUGGUGCCUCUCAGUCAUCCAGGAACCAACAGGAAUUUGAUGUCUUACAGUCAUCCAGAAACCAACAGGUCUUCGGUGUCUCUCAGUCAUCCAGGAACCAACAGGAAUUCGGUGUCUCUCAGUCAUCCAGGAACCAACAGGAAUUCGGUGUCUCUCAGUCAUCCAGGAACCAACAGGAAUUCGGUGUCUCUCAGUCAUCCAGGAACCAACAAGUCUAGACAUGCAACCAUCUACAAGGCAACAAAAUUCUGAUGCUUCUCAAUCCUUGAAGAAUCAGCAAGAAUCUGGCAUUUUACAGUCCACUUAGAUCCAACAAGAUGUUAAAGCAUUGCAGUCCAAUCAGGCAGACUUUGGUAUCCCACAGUAUUCCUUUGUUGUCACACAGUCAUUCAGAUUUAUUAUUACUAUUUUUCUUUACAUUAUUAUAGGAAUAACCAAGACUCUGGUGGCUCAGUCAUUCAAAAGCUAAAAGGACUUCACAGUCAUCCAGGUAGCUGUGUUUCCCAGCUACCCAGGAAUGAACAAGGCUAUAGCGGUACACAGUCAUCUGGGAGCCAACAGGUUGUUUCACUAAUUAAUAGAAAUGAGACUUAAGGAAUCACUAAGUGCUCCAUUUAAUAAUACCCGUACCUCAUUGGAUAUCAGUAACUCUAGAGAAUUAUGUUUUAAAGGAAUUACCAAGAUGAUGGAAGUUCUCAUCAAUGAGUUAACCAGACCUUGAUUAAUGCAAUCAACAACUUGGCCAAUAUUAAAUAUUUUUUAUGGUUAUUCCACUAUC